UAAUUGAGUAUUUGAUUGAUGUCAGGGGGAGGAGAGACUGCAGCAGCAGCCUCCUCCGUGUGUGUUUGUGUAGAUGUGAGCGUACAGUAAGGAAUUCAGCUGCUGGGGGACUUUUCUCUCCGGAUAGAGAGGAUUUUUGUUUGACAGCAGCCCCGAACAUGAACAAAACCAAAGAGGACAAGCCGAAAAGAACCAUGACGAAGUUCAGGAAGAAAGUGUUUGCUUAUUAAAAAUUCAGCGCGGGAGAACAGCCACAUUUCAGAUGACUUGUGGCAGCGGAAUAAAUUACAACGUCAACAGUGUUUUUGAAUGGGGUGAAAAUACGUGGAAAUUUCUCCGAAACGGCGAACCCGAAGAAUUUCCAGGAGGCGAAAACCUACAGGGAGAGGGAGGAGAGGGGCGCAGAGAAAACGCCCUGCUGCUGCCUGUUGCUACUAUCUCCAAAUUCAAACUUUAUCGCCGAGUUGGGCCAAAUAUGCAUCUUUCACUUAACUCGAGGUAAACAUUCCAGCAGAUUUUAGCCUCCAUUUCCCCCCACAGCAGACUGCUAACGUAGAGGGGGCUCAAUACUUUUGGAAAGUUUGGGAUUUUUUUCCUUUUCUUUUUUCCGUUGGGAAUAUUUUCUCCUCAUUGUGCUGCUCCUGCUGGAAGCGCUUGGGUGGGCUGAGAGCCCAAGGCGGCUCCGCUAGGCCUACGGCCACUAGCUACGGACAAAGAGGGGUUCCCAUGUACAUUUUCCCCCCAAAAAAAGUUUGGACACCGUCUCCAUAUUCGUCAAAUUAACGUACAAUGAGCGGCUCUGCGGCCAUGUCGGCGGGCGCGGAGAAGAGGAUGGAAACCCGGCUGAAGAAGCUGGAGGACAUGCUCAAAGACCCCAAGUCCGCCUUAAACCUGGAAAGUUUGCUGGACUCCUUAAACGCUCUGGUCUUGGACUUGGACUACCCGGCGCUACGCAAAAACAAAAACAUUGAAACCUUCUUAAACCGAUAUGAGAAAGUAACAGAGGAACUUCGAGACCUCCAAAUGAAGUCUGAGGACUUUGAGAAAGUGAAAGUGAUCGGUCGAGGAGCCUUUGGUGAAGUGCAGCUGGUCAGACAUAAAGCCUCCCAGAAGGUCUAUGCCAUGAAGCUGCUCAGCAAGUUCGAGAUGAUCAAACGCUCCGACUCUGCUUUCUUCUGGGAAGAGAGGGGGAUCAUGGCAUUCGCAAACAGUCCUUGGGUUGUCCAGUUGUGUUGUGCCUUCCAAGAUGAGCACUACCUCUACAUGGUGAUGGAGUAUAUGCCAGGAGGGGAUCUGGUCAACCUGACCAGCACGUACGACGUUCCAGAGAAGUGGGCCAAAUUCUACACGGCAGAGGUGGUGAUGGCUCUGGAUGCCAUUCACUCCAUGGGCUUCAUCCACCGGGACGUCAAGCCAGACAACAUGCUGCUGGAUCGACACGGACACCUGAAACUGGCCGACUUUGGCACGUGCAUGAAGAUGGACGCUACUGGCAUGGUGCGCUGUGACACGGCUGUGGGAACUCCUGACUACAUCUCCCCGGAGGUGCUGAAAUCACAGGGAGGAGACGGUUGUUACGGGAGGGAGUGUGACUGGUGGUCUGUGGGAGUCUUCAUUUUCGAGAUGCUCGUUGGUGACACCCCGUUCUAUGCCGACUCUCUGGUGGGAACCUACAGCAAAAUCAUGGACCACAAAAACUCCCUCCAUUUCCCAGAGGAAGUGGAGAUCUCCGCAGACGCCAAGAACAUCAUCUGUGCCUUCCUGACUGACCGGGAGGUGCGGUUGGGCCGAAACGGCGUGGAGGAAAUCAAACGACACCCCUUCUUCAAAAACGACCAGUGGACGUUCGACAACGUCAGAGAAACUGUCGCCCCGGUGGUCCCUGAGCUGAGCAGCGACAUCGACACCAGCAACUUUGAUGAGAUAGAAGAUGACAAAGGCGACGUGGAAACCUUCCCCACGCCUAAGGCCUUCGUCGGAAAUCAGCUGCCGUUUGUCGGCUUCACCUACUUCAAAGAAGACCAGUUACUUAAUGCUUCCAACAACUCCUCAGUGAAUAAUGAGAACCUGAAAGGAGAGUCAGUAGCGCUGCAGAAGAAACUGCGCCACCUAGAGUUGCAGUUUAACAACGACAAGCAGGCCAGGGAUGAUCUGGAGCAGAAGUACAGAACAGCCGCCAGCCGCUUGGAAAAAGUUACCAAAGAGCUUGAAGAAGAGGUGAACUGCAGGAAGGGCCUGGAGUCGAACUUGAGGCAGCUGGAAAGAGAGAAGGCUCUGCUGCAGCACAAGAGCCUGGAGAGUCACCGCAAGGCCGAGAGCGAGGCCGACAGGAAGCGCUGCCUCGAGAAUGAAGUGAACGGCCUUCGAGAUCAGCUGGAUGACCUGAAGAGAAGAAACCAAAACUCCCACAUUUCUAAUGAGAAGAACAUUCACCUGAGAAGACAGCUGGAGGAGGCCAACGCUUUGCUGCGAGCUGAGACUGAAGCAGCGACCAGGCUACGUAAGACGCAGACGGAGAACAGCAAGCAGCUGCAACAGCUGGAGGCCAAUGUGCGCGAGCUGCAGGACAAAUGCUGCCUGCUGGAGCGCAGCAAGCUGAGCCUGGAGAAGGAGUGCAUCAGCCUGCAGGCCGCGCUGGAGACGGAGCGGCGGGAGCAAAGUCAGGGCUCGGAAACCAUCAGCGACCUGAUGGGACGCAUCUCGGCUCUGGAGCAGGAGGCUCGCCAGCAAAGACAGGCUCUCUCCAAAGCGGAGACCGAGAAGAGGCAGCUGCAGGACAAACUGACUGAUCUGGAGAAGGAGAUGAGCAGCAAAGAGAUCGACCUGACCUACAAGCUGAAGGUUCUGCAGCAGGAGCUGGAGCAGGAGGAGACGUCUCACAAGGCCACCAGAGCUCUGCUGGCGGACAAGAGCAAGAUCAAGGUGACCAUUGAAGGGGCCAAGUCGGAGUCCAUGAAAGAGAUGGAGCAGAAGCUGUCGGAGGAGCGAUCGGCCAAACUGCGGCUGGAGAACAGGAUUCUGGAGCUGGAGAAACACAGCAGCAUGAUGGACUGCGACUAUAAACAGGCUUUACAGAAGCUGGAGGAGCUGCGCAGACAUAAGGACCACCUCACAGAGGAGGUGAAGAACCUGACGCUGAAGAUUGAGCAGGAGACACAGAAGCGGAACCUGACCCAGAACGACCUGAAGGCGCAGAACCAGCAGCUCAGCAUCCUGAGGGCCUCUGAGAAGCAGCUGAAGCAGGAAACCAACCACCUGCUGGACAUAAAGCGCAGUUUAGAGAAGCAGAACCAGGAACUGCGAAAGGAAAGACAAGACACAGACGGACAAAUGAAGGAAUUACAGGACCAGUUAGAAGCUGAGCAGUAUUUCUCUACUCUCUAUAAGACUCAAGUUCGGGAGCUGAAGGAGGAUUGUGAGGAGAGGAAUAAACUCUACAAGGAGAUUCAGCAGUCUCUGCAGGAGCUGCAGGAGGAGAGGGACUCUCUGGCCGCCCAGCUGGAGAUCACCUUGACGAAGGCCGACUCGGAGCAGCUGGCUCGCUCCAUCGCCGAGGAGCAGUACUCUGACCUGGAGAAGGAGAAGAUCAUGAAGGAGCUGGAGCUGAAGGAGAUGAUGGCGCGCCAUCGCCAGGAGCUCAACGAGAAGGACAUCACCAUCAGCUCGCUGGAGGAAGCCAACAGGACUCUGACCAGCGAUGUUGCUAAUCUGGCUAACGAGAAGGAGGAGCUCAACAACAAACUGAAGGAAGCGCUUGAAGAAUCGGAGAAGUCGAAGGAUUGGGAGCAGCAGAUCAGUCAGAUGAAGCAGGGAUUUGAGAAGCAGCUGCAGUCAGAGAGAACGCUUAAGACUCAGGCUGUCAAUAAGCUGGCAGAAAUCAUGAACAGGAAGGAAAUACGAGGUGGAGGCAGUCGCCGCGGCAACGACACCGACAUGCGGCGGAAAGAGAAGGAGAACAGGAAGCUGCAGCUGGAGCUCCGCUCAGAGAAGGAAAAGCUCAACAGCAUCAUGAUCAAAUACCAGAGGGAGAUCAAUGAAAUGCAGGCGCAACUGUCAGACGAGAGCCAGAUGCGCAUCGAGCUGCAGAUGGCUCUGGACAGUAAGGACAGUGACAUCGAGCAGCUGAGGAACCUGCUGCAGACGCUCAGCGUGCAGUCCAUGGACUCUGCCAGCGUCAGCAGCGGCCCAGAGUUCGACACCGAUGACGCCUACACAGAAACCAGACUGGAGGGCUGGCUCUCUCUGCCUGUCCGAAACAACACCAAGAAGUUUGGAUGGGAACGAAAGUACGUUGUUGUAAGCAGCAAGAAGAUCCUCUUCUACAACAGCGAGCAGGACAGGGAGCAGUCCAUCCCAUACAUGGUGCUCGACAUAGACAAACUCUUCCACGUGAGGCCUGUCACUCAGACGGAUGUGUACCGCGCCGAUGCCAAAGAAAUUCCCCGAAUAUUUCAGAUUCUUUACGCCAAUGAAGGCGAGAGCAAAAAGGAGCCGGAGUUCCCAGUGGAGCCGUUGCCCAUCGGAGAGAAGUCCAGCUACAUCUGUCACAAAGGCCACGAGUUUAUCCCCACCCUCUACCACUUCCCCACCAACUGUGAGGCCUGCACCAAGCCACUGUGGAACAUGUUCAAGCCCCCGCCUGCUUUGGAGUGCCGACGCUGCCACAUUAAAUGCCACAAGGACCACAUGGACAAGAAGGAGGAGAUCAUCGCUCCUUGCAAAGUGAACUACGACGUGUCUGCAGCCAAGAACCUGCUCCUGCUGGCAGCCUCCCAGGAGGAGCAGCAGAAGUGGGUGAGCCGACUGGUCAAGAAGAUUCCCAAGAAGCCCCCCCCAGCAGAGCAGUUUGCACGCUCCUCCCCCCGCGCGUCCAUGAAGGUUCAGGCCAGCCAGUCCAUGAGGAGGCCCAGCAGACAGCUGCCCACCACCAAGAGCAGCUAACUGGGAAUGUGGAUCACCUCCAGGGUUCCUCGGUUUGCUCCUUGCGGAUCAGCACACUGACCUCAUCGCCGCCUUUCCUUCAAGCCACUCAGGCGCUCUUGCUCCACCUCCUGAGAAUUAAAGAAUAUAUUCCUCCCCGUUUUCUCUCCACCCGCUGGGGCGAUUAGCCAAAGUAUUCAUCCAGGUGGAUCCUCUGUGAGGCCGUGGAGCAUCUGAGGAGGCAGGAGAAUCGUCACCUCUGGGGACUUUAGUGGCCAAAAAAAAGACAAUAUGAAGGGUGAAAUGGGGAACAAAACACUUCUUGUUUGAUGUUUUAAUUUUACCAGUUAGCGUCGAUCUGUUUAACCCAACAGUUGCGAUACGUUUUUCCACCAGCAGGGCGGCAGUCUUGGCUAAAGGGUACUUGGGCAAGUUAACAUUCCUUUUGAAGGCUUGUAGUUCAAAAUUUCCGAUGUUCCGUCACUCAAAUGUGCACAAUGGUUAGAAGUGAAGAGAAGGUCAGACACCAGAGCCAGUUUUUGGGGGGCGGGGUUAAGUUCCGGGUAUGCACCGACGAUGCUUCCCUUGUGUUUGAAUGUAGCUCUGGCGUUAACCAGAGAUGACACACUUGACUGCAGCUCCCCCCUUUUUUUUUUUUUUUACCAACUGCUCUGAUUAAUCACACAUUUAGACUUUUUUGGGGGGCUAAAAAUUAAAAAAUGAAGCCGAUUUAAGAAAAUGCGUCACUAUCCAAACACAUCUGCAGGAAAAAAAAAAAAACUGAGCAGCACUCGUCCAAAAAAGUUCUUUAUUUUUAUUGUUUGUCCUGAUAUUUUUGUAUUAAAGGUAACCAAACGCUGAGUUUGGCCACGCGGUGUGUAUGUGACUCGUAUAGAAGGUGGAGAGGGAGCUCUCCUUUAACCAAGACGCAUGUUUUAUACAUAUAAAUGUCCACAGUAUAUAUUUUAUACGUCAUACCAUGCACAUUUUGUUAUUUAUGCGGCCUUGUCCACUGUGUAUUUAAGGGCUUGACAUCCAAAAUGCAUGUUUGCUACCAAACAGCUCUAUAUUGAUAGUAACCACUUCAACAAUAAAGACAUGGAUGUGUUC